GCGUCCGGUCGGGGGGGGUCCCUCGGAUGACAACGCUAUGAUCACAGAGAUCGUCGAGGCCACGUGCGAGCCUGGCAAAAUUGCCAACGAGGUGACAGGCAUAUUCUUGGCAGCGCGCUUGGCGUCCUUCGGCGAAUUGCGUACGCUGGCAGAGUUCACCCCUUUCGCCGACAUUGUCCACGAGUUGUCGGCUAACUGGAGGCCGAGCCCAAGUUUCCAGGAGGAGGCCGUCACGACGCCACCUGGCGCCCAGGUGGCAAUGGCGAAGGCCGUGAAGAAGAUCUGCCCUGCCGCACCAGCUGGAGCAGCUGAGCCAUCCCAGGGCCCUGCAACUACGGCCCCCAGGAACGCCCCACAAGAGCAACUACGCAUGUUCCAGGCUGCGCUUGCGCUGUCGAGCGGCUCGGCCUUGUCCCUGUUGCAGGAGCAGGAACAACCCGCCGACGACUUCGGGAAGCCGAUCAAACAGGAGAGCUGCCCCGCGAGCCACAUCCGGCCGCUCGGCCUGGAGCUGAUCAAGGCCAGGGACAAGCGUGCCCUAGAGGAGCGUGCCGGCGGCAAGGGCAGCGCCAUGGGCGGGCACCCUUGGUCGCGCGGUCGCGGCGCGGAGGACCGGGCCGACGGCGGGUGGGCAGAGCGCAAGACCCGCACCGCGGCGGUUGGGACGACGCCCGAGCGUGCUGCCGCCGCUCCGCCUGCCGCGCCAGCUGACCGCGACUCGACGUUGGCGCGGGCUCAGUCUCAGUCGAUGCCGUUCGCGCGCCCGGAACCAGGCUGCAACUGGGGACAAUCGCUCCGCGAUGCCGUGUCGCUCAGGACCAAGCUUGGCGCGGGCUUCUCUGCUUUUCAGCAGCAGCAGCGGCGCAAGCUCGCCAGCUGGAAACAGCACUUCCAAGCCAACGGCGAGCAGGCCGCCGUGUCAGCGGCCCGCCACGACGAUGCCGGGAUCGUCGGCGGGUUCCCCGCGAUCGGGCGCAUCCCCCCGAGCGGCGCCUGGUGGACACGCGCGAAGCGGCCCGCCGACGAGGUCAGCGACCUCCUGAAGGAAGCCAAGAGCGUCAAGACGCCGGCCGCGUCUCUCUGGCAGUCUGCGCGCCAGGGCGAGCUGUGGUCGUCGCCGCGCAAGCCGCGCGCGGGCGUUUCGAAGUUGUCCGGGGCUCUGGGCUCUCAGUUCUGGUGCGCCGAGUCUG